AUGGGUGGCAAGCCUUUCCAGUCCAGGGGCUGUAUUACCUGCAAGAAGCGCAAGGUCAAGUGCGAUUAUCAAAAGCCCGAAUGCGCGCGCUGCUUGAAGAUGGGCGUUGCCUGCCAAGGCUAUGAGAAACGAUAUGCUUUUGUCUAUCGGAAUGCUCCGGCAACGCAGCAUGAAAACUCGAAGCAUGCUCUCUCAAACCAAGAUCCAGGGGCGUGGUCUCAGGAUCUCAGUCGCGCUAAUCGAUCAGCGGUCCAACGGCUAGCAGUGCUAAACAAUGGCCCAUCAAAGCGGCAGCAAAUGUUUUCGACUUUUUUCACUUCUUACUUUCCCGACAAUAGCACUGGCAGUACUGCGAUAGACCCGUGGCAUACUCUGCUCUUGGGUGUCUCGCAGCUUCCAAAUAAGUCCAUCAUGCUUGAAAAGGCCGUUGCGGCGAACUCUUGUAUUUUCCUAGGGAAAACCAGAGGAGACAACCGCAUCUUGAAUUAUGGGCUUCGACUAUACAACGGUGCGAUCCAACAGGUGUCGAACCAGCUCAGCCGAAACAACUUUAACGACGAACUCAUCUACACGAUUGCUGUGUUUCAAACUCUUGUGUUACUGUCAUUGACGCCGUUUGACCCGCAAAGUGCAGCAGAUUUGGCGGCCGAUCGAGAGAAAUCUAAAGCGUCUUUGCUAUCUUUCGACAACCAGGCUAUCGAUGGACUGCUACUCCUUAUGUCCGAUAUUUCGCCCCUUAUAACCGCGGUCAAUACGGCAGAUGUAUUCGACAAUGAAGCCUGCCAGCAACUUCUAUACGAUUGCCUUGCUCAUAGAGAGAAAAUAAUAGCAUGGUACUCCCGAGAGGAAAAGAAUAUCGGUGGCCGCCCCUUUGUCUGCGCGCCUGGCGAGUUGUUCUCCACUAGACUUCUCCCUGCGACACAUUUAUUCGGUCCCUCUUACGAUUUCUCCUCCCUGGACAAUGCCAGGACACAUGCUACCUUCUGGGCGGCACUGUCAAUCCUCCAGGCGCUGAUCGGUCAAGCUUAUGUAUACGCUUAUGCCACCGCCGCCGGGGAUAUCCUCAGCAACAAAGAAUAUCUGCUUUCCGAAUACUACGCCGACGAGAUAUCUCGGGCCCUGCCCUACUGCUUGCAAGACAGUAUGAAGGCAUGGGGCAUCAGUGUGACCAUCUUUGGCGUGAGCCAGAUCGCCAAGGUGUAUAUGGAGCUCAGGCGCAAAGAAAAAUUUAUGUGGAGUCAACAAGCCUUGCAGGUCAUGGGCGAGUUGGGGCCGGACCUUCCCCUACGCAUGAGUGAGCUGCUGCAAUAUGGCUGGAUUUUGGGUGAGGAAUCCGACCGGGAUGCGCUCCAGGAGGCCUCCCCGGUGUCGUCGACCUCGAAAUCUACCGGGUCAUCGCCAUCUACCGCUUCUACCACACCACCAGGGGUGGAUGAUGCGAACGUCACGGAUAUGGCAGAUGCGUGUUGUGUUGAGUUGCCGGAAAGGUGA